AUGUCCCUGGUCCGUUCUUUGAAUCAGCUGCUGAACGCCUUGGACCUGCCGUUUGUCAUAGAAACGCCGACAGACCUUACACCUUCUCUUCUACUAGCCAUCCUCGCGUCCAUCCUUUGCGAGCCUAUUCAUGCAAUCCAUGGACCAGAUGAAGCAUCUUUCGAUGAUACAAUCGUAACUUUGACGGAUCUUUCCCAGAGUCAUGAUACGUUACCCGCGUUCAAGGUUAAGCAGAUGAAGGUUCUGUUGGGGGUCCUUAACGAGUUGCUCCCGGUUGACGUCUGUCUUAGCGACGUUGACCCACGCCGCCUGGCGAAGGGCGAGUGGGAAGAAGUCAAGUUCGUGGGUGAACUUUUUGUUUGGCUUGGAAAGAAGCUGGGGCGCAUAACCGGCGAAGCAAGCGACGACGAGGCUGUAUCCUGUGAAGAUGCACACGCCGGACGCGGCCUCAAGAACGGGUCACCCGAUCGACGGAGAGGAGGAACGACGCGACAAACAAGGAGGCCACCUUCACCGACUUACACGACAAGUACGAACAAUUCCUUCAAUCCCACGAAUCUAUCUAUGCGUAGUUUCACAUCGAGCAGAAUUGAGAUCGAGACAAUGACCUCCCCUCCGUCCACAUCUGGGAGCGUUCGAACCGCUGUGCCCGACCAUCAAGGGGAUGUUCUAGGUGACCUGGAGUCGCCAAGCGCGAAUACCUCCACCUCGCAUCGACCCUGGUGCAUCCACGAAUUGAAGGUUGAACCUACCGACAUCAUACCAGUGUACUCGCCCACUGGAACUUCUUUCUGUCGACCCGCGAUUCCUAGUGGCGAGAAUGGUUUCCAGGAAGCCGGAGCCAGCUCGUGGGAUCCGCCAAUAGCUCUGCCAGAUGUCUUUUCAGCCGAGUUGACAACGUGUCAUUGCAGCUCAUCCAUGUAUCCUCACCCUCGACCCGCAACACGGGUCAGAGGGCUUUCCCGCGUAGACCAGAGGACACCCGGCGUCUCACCCCGCAGGCACGAGGUUCGGCACGAGGGAUAUAUUUCUUACGCCGAUGAAGACUCGGAACUGUCUUGGUUUGAGGCCAGUCGGCACCUUCGCUCGCAGUCGAUCGAUUUCGGGGACCUUCCUCAGACGCCCAGACGGAGGCCUCAGGUUGAUGAGGACCGCUUGCCAAUGAGUCAGCGGUCGACGCCUAACGUCGCGCAGAGGAUAAAGUUAAUGGAGGAGCGAGCAGUAUUACUCGCACAGCUUGCUUUGGCCCAGGCCCGAGCAGGAGCAGGAGCAGGAGCAGGAGCAGGAGCAGGAGUGUAA